AUGGAUGGCAAUAUUUCUUACGGAUUGUACACCUUCAUCGUAAAGAUCGCGUCGACAUCGGUGUUUCAAGUUUCAUUGCUUAUAGUUGUUGUAAUGAUGUUAGCUUAUCAUUCCACAAAUUUGAAUGAUUGGUGUACAGUUGUAGCUCAAAAGAAUGUAUUAUUGGUAAUAGCACAUCCAGAUGAUGAAUGCAUGUUUUUCUCACCAUGCGCUCAGGCUAUGGCAAAAUUUCUACAAGAUGAUCCAAACGCAAACUGGGAUAAAAAAUUGUUGAAAAAAAUUUUUCGUGAUAGAAUUUGUCAGCAUCGAAUAAAUGUGAUUGUUACCUUUGAUGAAUAUGGCGUUUCUGGUCAUGCGAAUCAUAUUUCACUUUAUCAUGCUCUAAAAUAUAUGCAUUUAUUAUCUGCUUUUUUAAGUGAACUAAUCCACGAAGAGAGUGAUGACUGUAUAGCACAGAUAGAGGCUUUUGCUCUAAAAAGCGUCAAUGUUAUUCGCAAAUAUAUUGGUAUUAUGGACAUUAUUUGGACGAUAUUACUAAAAGGAAAUAGUUAUGUGUGCAUAAAUUCUUUCGGAGGUUGCAUCGCCUCACAAUUAGCGAUGCGAGCACAUGCUAGUCAAUUUGUUUGGUUCCGACGAUUGUACGUUAUCUUCUCAAGUUAUUAUCUAAGAUAUGAUCAUGGAUCUAUUGCAUUUAAAUGA